AUGGUAAGUGAUGGUCAAUUAACCAAACUAACAGCAGUCCCAAUCGCUCAAGCCAACAAGAAGACCGCGGAGGUGUUGCUGAACCCGAUGAUGAUCUCCAGAAACGAAAACGAAAGAGUCCUGAUCGAGCCAAGUAUCAAUUCCGUCAGAGUGUCCAUCAAGAUCAAACAGAGCGACGAAAUAGAAAGCAUUUUGGUGGACAAGUUCACCAGAUUCUUGACAAAAAGAGCAGAGAACUUCCUCAUUCUCAGAAGAACACCGAUCCAAGACUACGACAUCUCGUUCCUGCUCACAAACUACCACAAUGAAGUGAUGAUGAAAAAUAAACUCAUCGACUUCAUCAUCGAGUUCAUGGAGGACGUUGACAAGGAAAUCAGCGAGAUGAAACUGUUCCUCAAUUCCAGAGCAAGAUUCGUCGCAGAGGCGUACUUGAGCGUGUUCGAUUAG